GUUAUCACCAUGUGUUAGCAAACCGCCAAACUACUUCAAUUUCCGACAAUAUAACCUCUAACAUAACACCUGCGCUUUUUCGUGUAUUUAAAACGUUAUUUUAUAAGUAUAUAAUAAUACAACAAAAAACUUUAACAGCUCACGCCAAAGAUACAAAAUUACAAAGCGUGACUGGAAGAUAUUACAAUUGCGAAUAUUAUGAGGCGGACUAUGGAUGACUGAACAAUGAACAUUCUGUGAGAAGUAUUUCUCUGACCAAGAAAACAUUACGUUUGGAUUGCACUUUUGAUAAAAAAAAACAAUGGAUCUCAGAAGUGGAGUGGACUUAUGCUGUAUUGAGCAAAUUUCUGGCGAAUUCCUAUCUACCUAUGAUAUGGUAAAUGAAGAAUGUGCCGAUGCCUUAGAAUUGAAUUACAAGACAGCAUUUCAGAGGGAAAAUAUUUUCAACAGACUCCUUCCUUACGCUGAUAAACUUGACAGUGAAGCUGAUGAAUUGUUGGCAAAAAUUAAAGCAAAUUUAGGACGAUGCAUUAUGCUAAGGGACAUCAAACCUGGCUGUGUAACCUGGACAACUAUGUUACAAAAAUAUGUAACUUUAUACAAUUUGAGGUUUACAAAAGAAGAUCAUAUCACUUUCAUUAAGCUGAUGUAUGAAUUGGUGACCAUUCCAAAUCUGGAGCUGUCUUUAGUUAAUGACUUUGCCUAUCGGCUUUACAUGCUUCUUAGAAAAAAUGAUCUGAUAUCACCAAAAGAGCUGGAACUACCAUGGAGACCUCUGUUCGAUUUGUUCUAUCGAGUAAUGCCAAAAAAACCAGAUUCACUUAAAUUUGAAAAUUAUCCAGAACCCUUGGAAGAUUUGUUAGAUUUAAUAGUUUGUGCAUCGAAAAUUUACUUUCCAGUAAAUGCAACACAAGAAAUAUUGGAUGAAUUUAGGCCUCUUAUCUGUCCAUUUCAAGAUGAUGCAAUGCAAAUAAUUAUUGAAGGUUUUCAAUUAUUUUUGCCAGUGCAAUUAAACCCAGAAUACCAUUCAUUUGGCCAUGAAUUGUGGUUUCACGAGUUUAUGAAGCUUUGGGAAGUUUGUGAUUCCUGUUGUCACGAAUGGGGAGACAACAUGAUGAAUUUGAUGUCAAAAUUAGCUUAUUAUAAUAUUGGAUAUAUUGACUGGGAACCUUACAUACCUUUGAUGUUCACAAGAUUUGUUCAAAGCUUUAAUUUACCUGUUGCCUACAAAGAUAUAGCAAGAAACAGAACAUUUAGCAUAUGUCCCUACUACAUAGGUAUCUGGAUUGCAUCUGCCUUGGGAAAUAAAUCAAAGACACAAACUUAUUUAGACAAAUUACUAAAAACAGUAGAAACAUACUCUCAUCCAGCCAACUAUGGCUCUUGGCUUGAAAGUCUUGGAGAAUUGUUUGUAACUGUUUCAUACUUUGUGGUUUUAAGGAUAAACAGGGAACGGUAUCAGAACAAUUCUAAGAAACCAAAUUGGAAAGCACCAAUUCCUGAUUCUCACAAGUUAACAGAUGCUGAUAUCGAUGCAUUUGUUGAAAGUAUGAUACCAAUUGCGAUGCUAGGAAUUUUUAACAAACGUUGCACGCAGUUGUUCUACGAUACUUUAAAACAUCUCGUUGAUAUGAGACCAAAUCUUGUAAUACCGAAAAUACUAGAGAAGGUUUAUCCCACCCUUGGUGGUGAUAUAGAACCUCACAAAAUGAUAACUGCUAUGAAGUGCAUGAUUACAAUAUCUCGACCAUUGGUUCAAGGAUCUCGCAUUCGUAACAAAGAGUACGCGUUCGAGCAGGGUCCGCUUCAUGUGCUUCCAUUGCUAUUCACCUCUCUUUCGGGCAUAGACCCGAACGAUACAAACAAGUGUUUUAUAACGUUCCGUCUAAUUGCAACAUACGUUACGAUGAUACCCCUAGUAGACUGCAGCCAGUCGACCGCCGAGAUGAGCGAUGAUGACCGAUCGGUUUGCACCGAAACUUCGCGCUUCGAAGACUUUGUACUGCAAUUCAUGGAUAAAGUAUUCGCUUGGAUAGACUCAAACUCAGUAGUGUCGGUUCGUCUAGAAAAUAACGACAAUAAUAGUAGUAGGAGUCGCUCGGAAGAGUUGGCUGAAACAUCCCUGAGUCGAGUAUUCUCGGCGCUUCUCCGACAAGUUAGCCCUUCUAUUUUUACUGGUGCGCUCGGGAAGCUGCGUAGCUUUAUCAUAGAGCAUGUACUAGAGACCCAAGUGGCAGGCCAGUUAGUAGGGGCUUUAUGCAAAGUGUUUUGUAAUGUUAAUAGUCAAGAAACUCUGAAGGCUCUAUUUCCUUUUCUCUCGGAGAAGGUGCUCAACGCCAUUGGAGAAGGUGACGAAAUCCUCAAAGCCGAUAAUUUAGACAACCACUUGCUCUAUCCACUGCUGUUAUUGAAUCAAUUGGUGCUUACUCAGGGAAAGUACCUACUGCCAUACAUGGAUACUUUAAUCAAAGUCAUUGACAAGACCAUUAUGCUGAAAUCACGUGAGGGCAAUAUGCUUGGUUGCUUCACUCUCAGCAGCGUUUUCAAGUCGCUCUCGACAGUUUCGUUUAUAAAUGUUGAAAGAAAUCUUAAUGAUCCACAGUAUCCAUAUGUUCAAGAUUGGGGCGAGUCGAUUAAGAUCAAGGAGACGAAGAUAGACUCUUACACUCCUGGCGAACAAGAAGAGAAAGUAUUGCAGGAAAUGUUUACAAGAUACUUUGUACCUACUGUUACGAAGAUACAAAACUUCAUAAAAUCGCAAAACUCGUUAUCUAGGAAUGAAUUACAAAUCACAUUGAAAAUACUUUUGAAUAUUCUGGAUGGCUGUGAUGCGGUUUUGCCAUUUUGGUCGGAACCUCCUUUAAAACUUGAAUCGUACGAGAACUGCACGGAACGACUAGAGCCUUUCCUUGGCUUUUCUGGAAAGGUGCACAUGCCCGAUGGCGGCAAUGUUCGGUAUUUUUUGGUACAACUUAUGACCGAAUUGCAAGAGAUCAUGUUAAAGAAUGUUGAAGACGAUACGAAAAGCUUAACGUCAUUACAAUUGAUUUGGAGUUAUUUGCUUCUCGGUACAUUGCGAUCGCAGGUGGACUCGUGUUUUACAUUCUCGGUUACUUAUUCCGUAUCCAAGAACGUUUUGGACAACGAGAUGACUGGAAACUUUGCUUGGUUCCCAACGCUUGUCCUGGCUCGCGUGAAUUCGCAACAUCGAAUGCGAAAAUAUUGCACUACUGCAGUUUUAACUGAAACUCACAAAAAUAUUCUGCUGCAAUUGUUGAAGCUGAGCACUAGUCAAUACUGCAUAAUCCGCAUAAUGGCUCAGCAGUCGCUAAACGCGGCACUUAGCUAUUUUCCAAACGCAUAUUUAGUCUUGACACCGUAUAUUAUUGAAAUCCUUAAACUCGAUCCAACUGAACAUCACGAUGCCUAUAAGGGUAUACUAUACUUAAUAACGCAAAAUAUCGAUCAUGAAGUAUGCCUGCUAGUGAAGCAGGAUUGGGGAUUUAUUAAAAGCAUAUGGAAUGCUCUGAUAUUAUCUGGAGCUUCCGAAAAACCCUCUGUUAUUCAGUUGAAGGACUGCAUCACGGAAGAGAUUAUAGAUAAUUUUUAUACAACUAACAUUAAAAUAGAAAUACCGGACAAUAUUGUAGCGCUUGCUGCAAAUUUAUGGAAAGGUGGACCAAUACAACCGAGUAAGCCCCUACCUACACAGAACGAAAUUACGCAAGGAGAAGAAAAGUUGCGCAAACAAGGAGAAAUGAAUUUAAAAAUGUAUAAUGAGCUCUUAGAUAACUUUUUGCAUGCUCUAGUGGAAAAGAAGUUGCACUGGAGACAUCGUCAGAUGGCAAUUAGUUUCAUCUUUAUUUUGAUUUGUGAGGAUGUAAAGUUACCAGCGAAAGUAGUACGAUUUUUGCUCAACUCCUUGAUUAGCGAAUCAAUAGAGGAUAGGCAAAUGGCCAUAAAAGCCAUGGCGUUCGUUCUUAAGCAGCUGAAGAAAAAACACGUCAAGCGAAAAAUCGAUGUCUCAACAAACAAUAAUCAUAACGUCAAAAAAUUAGCGUCCAAUUCCGUCAUGAAGGUGCACCCAGGUUAUCGCUCAGACAACGCCUGGCUCCAAUACAAUUAUAAUAGUCGACCCACAAAUUCCGCCGAAUGGGACGAGCCACGCUAUAUGCACAAAUCUAACGUAGGCUACUAUGCUUGGCCUCGCGAGAUCGAGAUCUAUGCUGCAACUUGUGAACAGCCCAGCUAUGAUAAGCUGAAUCUUAGCGAACAGGAUAAAGAAAUUGAACAGUUCUUUGGAAACCAGCAGAACGUUGACCGAUUAAUCGAAUAUUUCAGCCUCGAAGGCCAAAGUGACGAAGACGCAUUCAGCUCCACUCGUGUACGCAUGUUUACGGGCAUAUUUCGUAACCAUGGUGACUCGUUUUUGGGUAACUUUUUGCCACAUUUGCGUAAACUUGUAGUUGACAAGCAGGAGAGCUCUCAGCGCUGCGCCGCCGAAAUCAUUUGUGGUGUUAUUAAGGGUUCGAAACACUGGCCUUUUGAUAUGACCGAGCGGUUAUGGCAUGAAUUCUUACCAAUUAUUCGCAAUGCUCUGAACAAUUUAACUGGUGACACUAUCCAAGACUGGAUCCUUUGUAUAGCAAAUGCAAGCAAAGAUAGAGACCCGAAUAAGUUGCAUUGGUUACUUGAGUGUAUCAUGGAGGAAUCGCCACUAGGACAGUCGGAAGCCUCGUUUGCGGAGUGUGGAAGACUCAUGAUCUUACAGGGAGCCCUGAUAACGCAGACUUGGAGGCUUAGUGAAUUACUUAACCGAUUAUUACUUCGCUUCAAAAAUAGACUGGAAGAAAGUCCCUUUCAGAACGUGAGAGACUGUUUGGCAUCGUUACUUGUGUCAAUUUUCAGACCAAGUAUAAAAUUCGAUUCAAUAGUGAGCAACGAAAAUCCCUUCCCGGAAGUCGAUGAGUUUUUAGAAAAUGUUUAUCCAAGGUUACAAUCGCUUCUAGAAAAAGACAAACCGUCGAGUUCGCUAACGAAUGUCGUCGAUGUGUCGCCGUCGAAGUCUAGUACAAACGCAAUCGAUUCAACACGCGAGCGAAAUAGUAAACUAUUAAAAAUGAUCUGCAAAUGGAUACUUGAGACUGUAAUGUUAUCGAAUCUAGACAAUCUUUCUAGUUUCUACAAGAUUUAUCCAAUAAUGUGCCAGCUGGAAAGCAACGAGAAGGACGAAGAACUAUCGAAAGCAUGUUCUAGAACACUUGCUGUUCUAGCCCAGACCCUUACUCAACCCCAUCACGUUCCAGCCGCACUCGAAGCAGUGACGGCAAUUUCUAAAAGUACAUCUUGGUCUGCGAGAGCUAGCUGUCUUGAGUUUCUGCAGGUUCUGGUCUUCCAUAACAUGAGCAUUUUACUGAGCAACGAGGCUUGGAUUAGCGCGAUUCAGGAUAUUGUACUACAUUUACUGGAGGACGAAAGGCUCGAGGUCAGGGAAAUGGCUGCUAAGGUUCUCGGGGGGUUGUUGCAUUGCACUAUUCUACCAAAUGAAGAAGCACUUUUGGAUGAGUUUAAGAAGAAGGCGAGAACAAAGCUUGGCAAUAAGAGGAAAAGAAUGUCAGAAAAAGAGGAAGAAAAAAGCGAUGUGACUAAUAAAAUAAUCAACGCUGCGCGCUUACGACACGCAGGUGUUCUUGGAAUGUGUGCUUUUAUCCAAGCUCAUCCCUACAAUGUUCCUGAGAUAAUUCCACCAAUCUUCGAUUGUCUCAGUCCGCAUCUCAAUGAUCCCGAACCUAUACCCAGUACAAUUCGUAAGACAUUAAACGACUUUAAGCGUACACACUGUGAUGGAUGGACGGGUCUCCAAGGCCUCGCUGAAAGAUUUACGGAAGAACAAUUCGCUCUUUUGCAAGAUUUGACGGUGCCACCUUCAUAUUACGCCUAAUUAAAAUAUGAGGAAAAUGUUUAAUUCUAACAAAAACCCGACCUUUUUUAUGAACUUCUAUUCGCACUACUGUAACUACUAAAAUUAUUAAAAUUAUUUAUAAUACUAUUUAAUGAUAGUGCGACGUACGUAGAGAGUAUUUUACAGAUUAUUAGUACCGCGACUAUAGUCUACCUAUGAUUGUGCAUCAUCCUUGUAUAUAAUUUUAAUAUACUCGCAAUUUUUCAUGGGUACUGUGUACCGAACAGUUUUUCUAUUUAUAAGAAGAACUAAGAAUGUGUAAGUAAUAAAUAAAAAUGGAAGUUAUAUUUUGUUAAUCAUAAUGAUUCAAGUA